ACUGUUCAACUUUCCAGUUUCCCGACACCUUCAGAUCCCAAUUCCCAUCCUUCCACCCUCCAAUUCGCGACAAUUUGUUGGUAUAUUCCCCUUCCUUUGAAUGGCUACAUCCUACGUGUCCUCUUCCACCACAUCAUAACCCUCCAUCCCGCCUCCUCCUCCAGGACUGCCCCCAUCUCCAACUCCUCCGCCGACAUCUCACCUCCACCACUCCAUCCACCAUGUCCUCCACCUAUCACCAUUCCCACUCCUCCUCCCACACCUUCUCCCGCCCCUACCCCCCCACCUCUACCGCCUCCGCACCUCCAGGCACCUUCUCCUCUGGCACCAAAGUCCACGUCGGCGCCCACCGCGUCAUCAUCGAGAAAUACCUCUCCGAAGGCGGCUUCGCCCACGUCUACGUCGUCCGCGUACCGCGCGAUGGGGCGCCUAAUAAACACGACAUCGCGGUCCUCAAGCGCGUCGCCGUAUCCGACAAGGAAGCCCUCGCGAACAUGCGCACUGAGGUCGAGACGAUGAAGAAGCUCAAGGGCCACACGCACAUCGUCACGUACAUCGACUCGCACGCCAGCCAGCUGAAGGGCGGCGGGUACGAGGUGUUUCUGCUGAUGGAGUACUGCGCGGGGGGCGGGCUGAUCGACUUCAUGAACACGCGCCUGCAGCAUCGGUUGACGGAGCCCGAGAUCCUGAAGAUCUUCAGCGACGUGGCCGAGGGCGUGGCCACGAUGCAUUAUCUGAAGCCGCCGCUGCUGCAUCGGGAUCUGAAGGUCGAGAACGUGUUGAUUUCGACGUCGGGGUCGUCGCGAUCGUAUAAGCUGUGCGACUUUGGGUCCACCGCGCCGCCGAGACCUGCGGCGAAAACGGCGCAGGAGGGGCGGUUGAUCGAGGACGAUGUGCAGAAGCAUACGACGAUGCAGUAUCGGAGCCCGGAAAUAGUGGAUGUUUACCGGAAGCAACCGAUAGACGAGAAGAGCGAUAUUUGGGCCUUGGGAGUGUUAUUGUACAAGCUAUGCUAUUAUACCACGCCGUUUGAGGAGCAAGGACAGAUGGCCAUUUUGAAUGCGUCAUAUAAAUUCCCUCCGUAUCCAUCGUUUUCGGAUCGGAUAAAGAAGCUCAUAGGUAAGCUCCCUGGUCAAAUGGUGAGGACGAUUCUGACCGUAUAGCUUCAAUGCUGCGAGAGCAUCCGAGCCAACGGCCCAAUAUCUACCAGGUGAUCAAGGAAGUAUGCUCGAUGCGUGGAACAGAGGUUCCGAUCAAAGACGUAAGUAUGAUUGAGCUAUUGUAUACUGUUUUCUAACCCGACUAGAUAUAUGCCCGUCGCACACAAUCCGAAGCACGACGAUACCAAGAGCUGCCUUCACUAGAACCAGAUGUCACUCCGCCACCCGUCGUCG